AUUCAAUAGUACCGGCGGAAGUGAGUAGAACGAGCGCGCGGCCUGUUUCGCAAAGGCGAAAAUGUCGAGCGGGGUGGGAAAACACAAGAUGCUGUCGCUGGGUCCGACGGAACCCUGGUCUAUUCGGGAGAAACUCUGUCUCGCCUCCUCAGUGAUGAGAAGCGGAGAUCAGAACUGGGUGUCUGUAAGCAGAGCCAUCAAGCCCUUCUCAGAGACUGGACGACCCCCUGACUGGUUCUCCCAGAAGCAUUGUGCCUCCCAAUAUUCUGAGCUGCUGGAAACCACAGAGGCCCCAAAACGUAAGCGGGGUGAGAAAGGGGAGGUGGUCGAGACCAUUGAGGACGUGAUCGUCCGUAGAUUGACGGCAGAAAGAAUCGAGGAACUCAAGAGGCUGAUUAAAGACACACAGGAGAAGUACAGGAAACUGAAGAAAGAGGUGGAUUUAAUCCAGGCAGGUCAUAUGGACACUAAACUGGAGGAGCUGUGGGCAGAGAUAGAGCUAAAAAAGAAGCAGGAAGAUGAGGAGGCGGAGCAGAAGAAGAGGGCAACUGAGGCGGCCUAUCAGGUUCGUCAGGCAGCUAAAAACACACCAAAGAGAGUCCCCAGCGUGACGGUGCGUUCUCCACCCGGUGCUAGCUCUCCAGCAUGGAAGUCCUCAGCCAGACACAUCGCAGCCAAUGAUGGAGGAAUCCUGUGUUGGUCCCAUCUGUUGUUGUGUAGCUCUCCCUCAAACUCCCUGCGGGCAAGAGAAGUGAAUGCAACAAACUCAACCCACACCACAAGGCCGGGCGCCCAGGUCCGCUGUGGUGCUGUCUGA